AUGGAGUCGAAGGAUAGAAACUCGGCGUCAGGCAUGGUGUGUGAGAAGGGGAUCCAGAUCCUUCUCACCACCGUGGGGGCAUUCGCUGCCUUCGGCCUGAUGACGGUGGCAAUAGGGACGGACUACUGGCUGUACUCCCGCGCCAUGAUCUGCAACAGCACGGCCAACGUCUCCCAGGAUGACCCCCACAACAAGGACAAGAAGGACCCCGGGGCGCUCACCCACUCUGGACUGUGGAGGAUAUGCUGCCUGGAAGGAGUGAAGAGAGGAGUUUGUUCUCAGAUCAACCACUUCCCGGAGGAUGCAGACUUUGACCAUGACGGGGCAGAGUACGUCCUACGGGUAGUCAGGGCUUCCAACAUCUUCCCGAUCCUCAGUGCCAUCCUGCUGCUGAUGGGAGGCAUGUGCAUCGCUGCUAGUCGCUUGUAUAAGAGCAAAAGAAACAUCAUCCUGGGGGCUGGGAUCCUAUUUGUGGCUGCAGGACUGAGUAACAUCAUCGGUGUGAUCGUGUACAUCUCGGCUGCGUUGGGCGACAUCUCUCCGAAGAAGGAUGAGGAUAAGAAGUGGCAGUACUCGUACGGUUGGUCCUUUUACUUCGGAGGUCUGUCCUUCAUCAUGGCCGAGAUGGUCGGGGUGCUGGCCGUCAACAUCUACAUCGAGAAGAACAAGGAGCUGCGCUGCCGCUCGCGCACCGACAUUUUCAAGAGCACGACGCACGCCAUGCUCCGCCUGCCCAGCUACCGCUUCCGCCGCCGAUCCCGCUCCUCGUCCCGCUCCACCGACCCCUCCCGGUCCCGAGACCCCUCACCUGUAGGGGGAGGUGGAGGCAAGAACUUUGGCCUGCCCCCAUCCGCGUUGCUUUCCCAGGGGCCCAUCUCAGUGUCCACUCUACCCAACCCCCACUCCCGCUCCCACACGGCCCUGGCUGGAGGUGACAUCUCCCUCUACACGUUGUCCCGCGACCCCAAACUGGGGGGCUUGCCACCCAUGUACGGCACGGUGGACAGGGCCACGCUCUACCAGCUCCACAACUGCUUCCCAAAGGACGGGGGUGGAGGAGGAGGAGUGAUGAUGAGCGGCACACUCCCCUCGCUUAAGUCCCACAACCCUUCAAAUUCUUCCAACUCAAACGCGCAGAUGCCCAACUCGGUGGGCUCCGGCCCCCCGCCCUUUAACUCGUCCACAGUGGACAGGGAGCGAGGGAUGGGGACUCUGGACCGGCUCAAGGGGGACAGGGAGAGCAACUCUAACACCCUCAAUAGGAAGACAACGCCUGUGUAG